AUGCCUAUUCUCGCAGGUAAAGAAACAUCUCACAAUGGCCUAGGUCUCAUGCGAAUGACCUGGCGCGGCGCGCAAACCCCCGACAGCAUUUCCUUCCCCGUCCUGAAAGCCGCUCUCGCAGCCGGAGUAAAUGUAUGGAAUGGCGCCGAUUUCUACGGUUCUGCAGAAAAUAACUCCCUCCAUCUCCUCGCGCGCUACUUCGCAGCAUAUCCGGAAGAUGCUGAGAAAGUGGUUCUCUGUAUCAAGAGUGGGUUUGCGGAUAGGAAGACAUUCAAGCUGGAUAGUUCGCCGGCGGCGGUCUACAAGUAUGUCGAGAAUGCGAAUAAGAUCUUAGGAGGUCAUAAACACAUUGAUCUGUUUGGCAUGGCUAGACAGGAUAAGAUUACGCCGAUUGAGGAUACUGUUAAGGCUUUGCAUGAGUGCGUCAAGAAGGGUUUGAUUGGCGGGAUUCAAUUGAGUGAAGUCUCAGCCAAUUCCAUUCGGCGAGCUAGCGCAGUGGCAAAGAUCGACAUGCUCGAGGCAGAGAUUAGCUUGUGGGCUACAGAUGUCUUUGAGAACGGCGUCGCAGAAGCAUGUGGAGAGUUGGGAAUUGUGAUGGUUGCUCAUACACCGCUUGGAGCAGGCAUGCUGACGGGUCAGUUCAAGAGCUUGGAUGAUUUGCCGGAGAGUGAUCCUCACCGUCACUUUCCCCGUUUCCAGCCAGAAAACUUUGACAAGAACUUAGAACUGGUGGAAGAGUUAGGAAAGUUAGCUUUGGAUAAGGGCUGUACACCCGCACAGUUAGCUUUGUGUUGGAUUAAAUCGCAGAGCAAGAAGCCAGGCUAUCCUCCCAUCAUUCCAGUAUUCGGAGCCAGAUCUGAGUCUCGGGUUCAGGAGAAUACUACAGAGGUUGAAUUGACGGACUCGGAUCUCGAUAAGAUCAAUGGAAUUCUAGCUAGCUUCCCGGUGCAAGGGCAUAGGUAUCCAGCUGCGGUUGCUUCUCUUUGCGAGUAUUAG